UAAAAUGAAAUUCAAAUUUGUAUUAAUAAUUGCAAUUACCUACUUUGUUUUAACCUGCGCUCAACGACAUACCGGUUGCCAAAGAUGCCCUCAAGGAGCCUGUCUUCCACGCUGCACGGGUGAUCGUAAUGUGGGCGUUAGCUGUGCCGCUGCUCCUCCCCGAACAAUGUGGUAUUACGAUAUAAAUAGUCGCACCUGCCGACAAAUGUCUCAUUUAGGUUGUGGUGGCAAUGUUAAUCGUUGGUGUUCGCUAGAGAUUUGUGAGCUGCGGUGUGUUCGCACAUUGGGUUGAGAAAUUUCAAUUGUACCAACAAUUUAAGCUUUUUAAUAAAUUUAUAAUUACAAUAUAAAGAAAAAUCAUCAGAUGUAAAACUUAUUCUAAGUAUAUUUGAAUAAAAAAAUAAAAUAUUCCAAGAAAACUUAUUGCUAAA